UUUGGCGGGAGGUGUGCACACUCUUUUGCUUUGCGCUGGGAUUUGUAAAAGUUUCUUUAAAAAAUAUUUAAAAAUAAAUAAGUAAUGGAUCUUAACGAUGCCGUGCUAACAUGCGCGGUGAACAUACACUGGACGAAUGCUGUGGGCGUAACGGGUCGCAAGCUGGCCUACCGAACAGCAACAUUGCGUCUGGUGCGCAACGAUUUGCGUGAAAUGUUUCUUGAAGUGACGCCCGAGAAGCUAAAGCCACUCAAAUUCAAACUAAAGGACAUAAUGGUGCACAAGAAAUUCAUGGCGGAGGGUAAGGCAACGUUCAACUUUAAGGCGGAGCAGUGUGCUCUGUACCUGUCGAAUGCACCUCCCGGCACCUUGAUGAUAUUCCUGCGCACCAUUUUCAUCAAAAUGAACGGAGAGGCGACACCACAGGACGAGGCAGCCAUGCAAAAGAAGCUGCGCGAGCAUAUGUUAAGCACACGGCCCAGCACCUUUGAGGAGAUCUCUCCAGUGACCACAGCCGAAAUGGUUUUGGCGCGCAAAAAGGCGGGGCUUAUAACGCGUGGCAGUACAACGACGCCCUCGCCACAGGCAACCAAGAAGAGACGCUACGAUGAGCUGAAAGAGGACAAGAGUAGCGUGCCAGCUGCCAAAAAGCUAUAUCAGCCCUCGCCUUUGGCCAAGGCAGAGUCCGAGGAUUCGUUACGUCUUAGCGCAGAGCAAAUGGAAGUGCUGCGCGCCUGCACCGCGGGCAAAAACGUCUUCUUUACCGGCUCCGCGGGCACUGGAAAAAGUUUUUUGUUACGCAAAAUCAUCUCGGCAUUGCCACCAGAUGGCACCGUGGCCACAGCCUCCACGGGCGUGGCUGCUUGCCUAAUAGGUGGAACCACGCUGCACGCCUUUGCAGGUAUAGCUGGCGGCGAUGCCACCUUGCAACGUUGCCUAGAGCUGGCUGCAAGGCCUGUGGCAGCACAAACCUGGCGCAAAUGUAAGCGCCUGAUCAUUGACGAGAUCUCUAUGGUAGAUGGGCAGUAUUUCGAGAAAAUCGAGGCCGUUGCUCGUCAUGUGCGCCGCAACGAGCGUCCCUUUGGUGGCAUUCAGCUCAUACUAUGCGGCGACUUCUUGCAGCUGCCACCUGUUGUCAAAGGCGAAACAGGUGUGCAACGUUUCUGCUUUCAGUCGAGUGCUUGGGAGAGCUGCAUUCAAUGUGUCUACGAGUUGAAGCAAGUGCAUCGUCAAUCGGAUCCAGAGUUUGUGCAAAUACUCAAUCAUCUGCGCAUCGGACAUGUCAAUGAGAGCAUCUCAACGAGACUGGUCUCCACAUCCAAGCAGAAGAUCGAGGGCAAUGGCAUUUUGGCCACACAGCUCUGCUCGCACACAAACGAUGCGAACUCCAUAAACGAAUCGAAGCUGGAGAAUUUGAGUGGGGACAAAGUGCUCUUCCGUGCGGAAGAUUCGGAUGCAUAUAUGAGCAAGCAACUGGAUCAACAGGUGCAGGCGCCGGCUCAGCUCUACUUGAAAAUCAAUGCCCAGGUCAUGCUGCUCAAGAAUGUAAACAUAGCCAAUGGCUUGGUCAAUGGUGCACGCGGUGUCGUCGUACGCAUUGAGAAGGGCUUGCCGGUGGUGCGCUUCAAGAACAAUCAGGAGUACGUGUGCCGGCACGAGAAGUGGAUCAUCAAGACAGCCACAGGUGGACUGCUCACGCGUCGUCAGGUGCCGCUUAAGCUCGCUUGGGCUUUCUCAAUACACAAAAGUCAAGGAUUGACGCUUGACUGUGUGGAGAUGUCACUGUCCAAGGUCUUCGAGGCCGGACAGGCUUAUGUAGCGCUAUCCAGAGCUAAGUCUUUGCAGUCUGUGCGCAUACUCGACUUUGAUGCCAAACAGGUGUGGGCCAAUCCGCAGGUGUUACAGUUCUACAAGAACUUCCGCAGACGCUUGAUUGACACCAAUUUGAUACCACUCGGGCCCAAGAACAAGGACAAAAAGCCUGGCGAAAGGGAAGCCAACAGCGCUUUGGCUAAGCUCAAGAAGAGUUUGAUGAACAAGCCGCUCGUCUCAAUUAGCUAAGUUAAGUUAUAAAUUAAUAUAAGUUAAGCAAUUGUAAUUAGGACAAGGCUUUCCAUUUUGAGGCAGCCUGGCAAGCGUCUCAAAAUCCUAAUCCUUGGUAUAUAAAUUAUGGACGAGGCUAGUCUGGAAAUUAUGCGACCUUAACGUGUGAAUAUAGGAAGAGAGAUAGAUAGACAUGUUAGAGCCGUCCAUUUUUCACACUACUCUCGCAUAAUACAGCCGCAGUUCAUAAGACAAACCAAACCAAACCUAACUUUAGUUAAAACUCAAUCCUUACUUUUAGCUAUCAUUUCAUUGCAUUAGUAAUACUGCCUCAGUGCGUGAGGCUCUGCUUAAUUUAAACUUAUCCAAAAUGUGCAAAACGUUGGAAUACCCAAGAUUGAGUAAUACUGAGACUGUAAAACAAGAAAUUUAUAUAAAUUUGCUGUGUGGUACGUAUGCCAACUAUUUCAUUGCUAAUCAACUGAUCAUUUUAUAGAUUUAAAAACAUUUUAUAAAUAAAAAAAAA